CGCGUCAAGUUGAAUGUAAGACGGCGCGCAAAAGUGCGUAGUUGAAGAAGCCCUCAUGCGCACGCUCUCGCACGAUCCCUUUGUGUUAUUUUCGGCGGAAUCGCCGUUCAAAGCUUUAAAUAGGACUCAGUUUCCGACGAAGAAGGCAGUUCAUAAUACUAAUUCUACAUGUUGGAGCAUCGCACUAUCUUUGAUAUAUUCCGUUUUUACCGCUUGUAAAAGAUAUCAGAGGUUUAUCAGAAUGCCGGCCGAGUGCAUCGCCAACCCAUUACAGCGGGAGCUGGCCGACUCGAUAAUUCGAAUGCAACCCCUGGACGAAAUUCGAAUUCUAUUGGCCUGCGGAGCUAAACCCAACGAACCCGUCACUCAAGGAUUAAGACCUUUGCACUAUGCAGUUUGGCAGAGAUACGAGGAUGCCGCUCAGCUUCUUCUCGUCCGGGGCGCUGAUAUUGAUGCUACGGACGAGUGCGGCUAUUCAGCCCUUCACUUGGCCGCAGAACAUGGUUACCUGGAUCUGGUAAAAUUGCUUCUCAAAUAUGGUGCAAAGGUCGAUCAUCGCCAAGAUACUGGUGAACUUUUUCCCAGAACCAUGCUUUGCGAUGAGCCUCUGCGUCUCGCGCUCAGGAAUCGGCACAUAGAAGUGGCCAGAACUUUAUUGGAGGCUGGUGCCAAUCCCAAUAAGAGAUACUUUUUUGGAUCGGAAAUUAAUCUCGUAUCGCCUUUGGAUUUGGAAUGUAUGGAAUUGUUAUUAACAUUUGGUGCACAACCAAAUACUAGAGAUCGUGCUGGACUGACUCCACUUAUGAAAGCGGCUCGAUUGCCACAGGGUAUGUCGUCCGUUCUUCUCUUGCUGAACUAUGGCGCGGAUGUGAACUCGAUGGCCGAUGCCAGACACGACUAUCGAACGGUCCUGCAUUACGCGAUACUUGGUGGUGAUCCAGCAGUAAUAAAUCUUCUAUUGAAGCAGGGCGCCAGGCUAGACCUUGGUCCAGACUAUCAGAAACCUUCGGCCUUAGACAUAUCUAUACUUAAGGGAGAUCCAUCGAUCGUAGAGAUGUUGCUCAAUUCAGGAGCCGAUGUGAACGCAACUUCACCCAUAAUCGGGUCGCCACUUCAUGUUGCCUGUGCUGACAACAUCCCAAAUAGACUGGAGAUUCUUUGUAUGCUACUAGAACGUGGUGCAGAUCCCAAUUUGGUAAUUCGUAGCGACGACGGACCCGCCUUGAGACCCGUUCUCGCUGAGUACGUCGCUUCCAAUGAGAAUCCGUCAGUGGAAGUUGUCGCAUUACUAUUGAAGUAUGGUGCGCGCGUUGUUAUAAAGACCCAAUUUCGAGACCCUCACGGUAUUUUAAACUCCCUGCAAAAUACUGCGGACAAGCCUAGGCUUCUGAGAGCUUUACUAGAAGCCGCUGAGAGCUUCGAUCCGUGCAUGAUAAGAAGAUCAAGUAGCUUGACAGAUGCGCAGAAGGCUCUUGUUAUGGAAGCUGCAAGGACUCCUUUGCCGCUGACGCAUCAGGCGAGACUAAUUGUUCGCAAACUGUGCGGAACGAAAUUGCCUAAGAUUGUCAGAAGACUCCAGUUACCGCAAUCUUUGCACCGUUAUCUACUCUACGAUUUUCAUUAAUUUUUUAUAGAAUUGGAUGAUUGAUUCUGGCCCAGGUGAGAGAAGUUUAAUCUCUCUUUAAUCAUCGCGAUGCUUGAGGCAUUAUUAAUGUUUUUUCUAUAAUCCAAUUUACGAAAUUCUUUUUUUUUCAUUUAUUACGUUAUUUAUUGUUAAUUACGCACAAAGAGAAUGUGUAAUAACUUACUAAAAAUGGUACAUAUACUAUAGCUAUGACCGUUCAUAAUUUACUCGUUUUUCUUAUCAUACGUUAAUACCGAUUUUUUCUUUUUUCUCUACCCUUUUUAUUUUAAGUCAUCGAAUGACUUGAAUUUUUAAGGUUUCUUCUCUUUUCCUGGUCAGUUUUUAUAUAUAUGCGUAUUUUGAAUAUUAUAUCCAAUAAUUGACUGCGUUUAUUCCCUUCGUAUAAGACGGAUGUGUUCAGAUUUAUUAUUCUACAGUUAAUUCACACGAUUAAUCUUUAAUCUCUUAUUGCCUCGAGACAAUAAUUUUCUGUGGAAUGAAUCGUUCACAGUCUAGCUCACGUGGUCCUCUAGAGGUCCCAGUAUUAUUCUCUCGUAUUAAUCAUUAUUUAUGGCCACGUAUAAUACUUGACAAUAAUGCGUAAAAACAAUUGUAUCAGCGCAUCACGAUCGUAUUAUUAAAAAAACAUGAUUCUGGUGUGCUCGACGCAUUUGUUGAUUUAAUACGCUAACGAAUAUUUAAUUUUGUACCUUUGUAUUUAUACGCUGAGUAGAAAUUAAUAAGUUAAAUAAAAAAUUGGCGUAAAGUAUA